UUUUUUUUUUUUUUUUUUUUUUUCACACAAGUCAUGGAAGACACGUUUGAUAUCAUUCAAGAUCCUCGUAUUGCUUAUAAAACAGGAAACAAGAAAGAAGCUGUUAAACUAUUAUAUUCAAAAUCCAAAGUAUAUAUUCACCCUUCUCAAAACCCUGCUGGUUUUAUUGCAGGUUAUUUAUCUAUUGUUGAGAACUCAGAGCAUCAAUACCUAGUUGCUUGGACACCUGAGACAGUCAUUCCCUCCAAAGACAAAGAGGCCUUUGUUCAAGUGGAUAUUCAUCCAGACGAUAAGAAUGAAAUUCAAUCUUCUAUUGUUUUACCAGAAGAACAUACAUUGUAUGCUCUAUCUGCUCCUGUAGACACGAUUCAUUCUCUACUUGUUCAAGCACCUUCUUUUUCUCGAUGGUAUGGCCAUAUUGUAAUCAACUUUAAAGAGGGACCGAGUGCUGGUCCCUUUUGGUUUCAUGAUGAUGAAAGCAAGAGUACUAUGCUUCAAAAGAACACGCAGGGUGGUAAAUUUGUAGGCAAUACACAGCAAGUACGUUGGGGAGGGGAUGAGUUUAUCGAUCGAUUAGGUCAACUUGUGCCUGUACACGCCUCCGAGACAGACUAUUUAUAUCUUGUGGGUCAUGGCAAUACAUCACCUGCUUUAUUCGCAGCAACUCAAAUGGAUCCUUUUGUUGCUACAUUAAAAGAAGCACGUUGGAACAUUUUAGAAAAGUUGUCACGAGUCACCAAGUUUUCAAGAGACACUGCAGUCAACUUGUUAAGUAAACCAGCUACACGUCCUUUAGUUCCUUUGUUCCCUACCCAUGUUCAAGAGAUGUGUCACCAGAACGAAACAGUCAAACAAACAGUGGACGAUUAUGAUUCAGCACGUAUCUUUUUAGCCAAAUGGGCGGCUGGUUUAGCUGCUCAAUCAAGUCAUACAGUACCCAAAGAUCAAAAGUAUCGUCAUGUUGGUGUAUGGGGACAUGAUGGAUGGGAAGAAGAUACUGCAUUAGGUGUUUUUGAAAUACUCAAUUCUGAAAAUGAUGUCUCUAUCCCUACCCAUACAAGGACAACACCAGUAACAAGUGCAGAAUGGCAUUCUUAUUUUGAUCAAAAGGGUCGACUCUUGGUAGAUCUUGAGAUAGUCAAGAAGCAUAUCUUUUCUGGAGGUUUGGAUAUGCGUAUUCGAAAACAGGCUUGGUUGUUUUUGACAGGUGUCUAUGCGUGGGACUCUGAUACACAAGAGCGUCAACGUAUUGAUCAAGAAAAAAGUAAACACUAUCUGGAUCUAAAGCAUCAGUGGUUCAACAAUGCUUCCCUCAGAGAGACAUCAGAAUGGCAAGACCAAAAGCAUAGAAUAGAUAAAGAUGUGCAUCGUACAGAUCGUACUGUCGAUAUUUAUAUGAAUCAAGACUUGGAUACUCCCAAUAUGCAGUCUGGCUCCAACCAUCACCUGGAAACACUCAAGCAUAUUUUAUGCACUUAUAAUGUAUUCAAUACAGAAUUAGGAUAUGUUCAAGGUAUGUCUGAUUUAUUGUCGCCUUUAUAUGCUGUGAUUGAAGACGAAGCACUUGCCUUUUGGGCCUUUGUUGGCUUUAUGGAGCGUAUGAAGUCCAAUUUCUAUACAGAUCAAUCAGGCAUGCAUCAACAGUUAUUGACCAUGGACCUCUUGUUACAAUUCAUGGAUCCUUCUUUAUAUAAGCAUUUUGAACGUACAGACAGUGGUAACUUCUUUUUCUGUUUUCGAUGGCUAUUGGUUUGGUUCAAGCGUGAAUUUACUUGGAAAGACAUGUUGGUUUUAUGGGAGGUGUUAUGGACAGAUUACUUGACAGAUAAAUUUCAUCUUUUUGUUGCAUUGUCUAUUUUGGACCAGCAUCGAGACGUGAUGAUGGAGUACUUGAAAAACUUUGAUGAAAUACUUAAAUAUACAAAUGAUCUAUCCAUGACGAUUGAUUUACAAGAAACAUUACAAAGAGCCGAAAUCCUUUAUUACCAGUUUAAACAACGAAUGGAAGCUGUAGAAUCCAAGCGACAAUCAGGCAGUACAGUCAAAUUACCUGUGAUUCACCCACUUUUGCAUGAACUCAUUAAAAAACAAUAAAAAUAAUAAUAAUACUAAUAAUAAUAAUACUAAUAAUAAAAGGGAGUCUUAUGCAAGUUUCU